ACCACAACGUUCUCAGUUUUGGAAGCAGAGGGAGCACAGUGGGUAUUUACUUACCUGUCGGGAUACAGAGAAGUAUUACCGUGUGAGCAUUUUGGAUUAGAUUCAUUCAUUCAUUAUCAGCUUGGUACAGAUUGAAUUCCCAGUCUAGUCAUGGAUAUAAACGAGGCGUCGUGGAGGGAAAAAUGGGGUUUAAAUUUCUCUUUUUUUCCAAACAGCUUCUUUUGAUUUUAAGCGCUGCCCCAGAGCAGGACUGGACUGUGUUUUUAAACACACCUGACUGCGGUAAAAACUGUUUUUUUCCCCCAGUUUUCUCGCAGUAGACAUUUUUAAUUGUUCGCUUGGUCCUCCUUAUUCAGACUUUUUGGGAAGUUUUGGCUCUUUUGGGCAGCGGAGGCGACUGGCGGAGUCAGGACUGACCACUGGAGCUGGUCCUGAAAAAUGGAGGCUGUUAUCGAGAAGGAAUGCAGCGCUCUCGGAGGACUCUUCCAGACAGUCAUUGGAGACAUGAAAAGCAGCUGCCCUAUCUGGGAAGAUUUUAUCACCAAGGCAGGAAAACUGCAGUCACAGCUCAGGGCGACAGCAGUGGCCGUCACGGUCUUCCUGGAUGCUUUCCAGAAAGUGGCCGACCUGGCCACCAACUCAAGAGGUGGCACCAGAGACAUUGGAUCGGCAUUGACCAGGAUGUGCAUGAGGCAUCGCAGCAUAGAGGCGAAACUCAGACAGUUCUCCAUGUGCUUUCUGGAGGGUCUGAUUAACCCUCUGCAGGAACAGAUGGAGGAGUGGAAAAGAGGUGUCAACACUUUAGACAAAGACCAUGCAAAAGAGUACAAACGAGCGCGACAGGAAAUCAAGAAGAAGUCCUCGGACACACUAAAACUUCAGAAAAAGGCAAAGAAAGCAGACAAUCAUGGCCGUGGCGACUUCCAGCCCCAGCUGAACAGUGCCAUGCAGGAUGUGAGUGAUAAAUACAUCCUUCUGGAAGAAACAGAGAAGCAAGCUUUGAGGAAGGCUCUCAUUGAGGAGAGACAAAGAUUUUGCUGUUUUGUAUCCUUGCUGCAGCCUGUAGUGGAUGAGGAGAUCUCCAUGUUGGCAGAGGUUACCCAUCUCCAGACCAUCUCUGAGGACCUCAAGACCCUGACCUCUGACCCGCAUAAGCUUCCUCCUGCUAGUGAACAGGUGAUCUCAGACCUGAAGGGCUCAGACUAUGGCUGGUCCUAUCAAACACCACCUUCUUCCCCGAGUACUACUAUGUCCAGGAAAUCUAGCAUGUGCAGUAGUCUGAACAGCGUUAACAGUAGUGACUCCAGGGGUUCCAGUGGCUCUCACUCUCACUCUCCUUCCUCCUCUUCUUCCUCCUCCUCCUCCUCGCAUCACCUCUUUCACCAUCAUCACCCCUGCCAUCGAUACCGCAGCUCCACAUUACCCCUGCAGGCCCCGGUUCGGCUCUCUAGCAUCUCUUCCCACGACUCUGGCUUCAUUUCUUCAUCGCAGGACCAAAAUGCAUCGUCCAAAUCCUCUUCACCGAUGCCAGCUGAAACAAAGCCUUGUCCCAGUUCCAGCUCCUCUGAGACGUCAGAGACUGGGCAGCUUCACGGUGACUGCAGCACUGCCUGCUCUCUCACCGCUACUGCACUUCAGCAUGCUACUGACAAGUUGUCCAAUGGCUUCGACCACUACAGCCCAGCCAGUCCCUCCUACCUGCAUAGCAAUGGGGGGAGCUUGGGCUCAGCUCCAGGCACUUCCUUCCCAUUCUUCCCACCAUCCUCCCCCUCUCCCUCCACCUCAUGCCCCACUCGUUCCUGGUCACGUCCCGCCUCAGCCUUGCUGCCGGACUAUCCCAACUACUGCACGUUGGGGUCCCCGAUGAUACCUUCAUCAAAAGUCCCCAGCUGGAAGGACUGGGCAAAGCCAGGGCCUUAUGACCAGCCCAUGGUCAACACACUCAGGAGGAGGAAAGACAAGGAAGCUUUGGGUGGGAUGGAGAAUAAUGGGAGCACAAAUGGUGGCAACAGCCCCCCUUCAGACCAAACAUCGAUCUCAGCCCCCCGUCCUGCUCAGACACAAACACCAAACCAGCAGGAAGAGAAGAACAGGAUCAUGAAGGCUGAUGAUCUCGAGGCCCAAAAUGAACUGGCCCUGGCCUUAUCCAGGGGUCUGGAGCUGGACACCCAGAGGUCAAACAGAGACUCCAUCCAGUGCUCCAGCGGCUACAGCACUCAGACCAACACACCCUGCUGCUCCGAAGACACCAUACCAUCACAAAGUAUUUCAGAUUACGACUACUUUUCCAUGGCUGGAGACCAGGAGCCUGAGCAGCAGCAACCGCAGCAGCCGUCUGACUUCGACAAGUCCUCCACGAUCCCCAGAAAUAGUGACAUCGGCCAGUCCUACAGACGCAUGUUCCAGACCAAACGGCCCGCCUCCACAGCCGGCAUGCCCAUCACACAGACCCCAUAUCCUGGACAGGGGACGUACCACGGGGCAGCCUAUCCCUCCACACCGGUCCACACAGGAGCCUAUCCGUCUGCUCCUGCUGGCCAAUACACUGCUGCUUCUACGGGUCAUGGUCCAAUUAUCGUCACCCCUGGAGUUGCCACAAUCCGCCGCACCCCCUCCUCGAAACCCUGCGCCCGUCGCUCCGGCUCUGUGGGCGGAGGCCCCAUUCCCAUUCGUACUCCUGUCGUGCCUGUGAAAAUCCCUACAGUGCCUGAUAUGUCAGGAGCAGUUAACGGGAGCAGGAGUCCAGAGGAGAUCGGAGGAGGAGAGGAAAGCUCACAUUCCUCGACAUUUGUAAGACCGGACGAAGCUGGCACGCUUCCUUUGACGUCCUGGAGCGGCCAAGCCUCUACCAACCCUCCGACCGUUCCCCUGCCCAACCAGCUGGUCCAGCCGUACCAGAGAGUUGGAGAGGAGGCGGACGAACAAGAUGAAGGAAACAUGCUUGUGGCUAUCCGCAAGGGGGUCAAGCUCAAAAGAACCCUCACCAACGAUCGUUCAGCUCCACGGAUCGCCUGACGGCAUCAUCCGACUGCCAGCCUGGUGUCACAAGUAUCUUGAGCUUUGAUGAUGGAAAUUUCCAUUAAAAAAAAUAUUUGGGAAUUUGGUCAAAAGCUUUAAAAGAAAGAAAAAGCUUUUUGUGUUAAUAGGAGACACCUCUCUUAUGAAAUGUUCACUUGUGAAAAUAUGUCACCUCAAAGACAUUUAACCUCGACUUAGUGUAGAUUUUUUCUUUUUGGUUGAUCCGUCAGAUCCAUCAGUCAAAGGCAGAAUCGUUGGCAUAACCAGUAGUAGACCAGAGCGCCCCCUUGUGGUCGUUUCUGUUCCCGCUGAGUAGAUUUUAUUCUUCAUUGGCCAUCAAACAGAAGCUCUACACCAAAACACUUAUCAUUUCUGCUGGGUUGGGUCCAUGAUGUGUGUCGUAACGGUGUGAAAUAUUAGGAUGCGCUUCUGUGAAUAUUUUUCUGAAAAGAGGGCACAAAUGACUUAGCUGACCUUUUCCUGUGGUAAAACAACCACUGUUUAUGAAGAAUAAUGGACACUAAGCUGUCUUCCACUUACAGCUCAGAGGCAUAAACACAGCUCACAUCAGAGCCCCUCAUGGACCCGAAUGGCCGACCCAGGAAGCUGUGGCAAAGCAGAGGAACUGACUUUGUGUUACCACUUGUUUGACCACGCAUUGCUGCAGGCUACUUUGUAAAGUGUAACGAGGUUAUAUAAAUAGAAAUUUGAUCUUUUGUUUUAAAAUCUUUGCUUGUCUUAGUGUCUUUAUAAUUUGUAAAUAAUUUAGCACAUCUAAAUUGAGGAUGAGUGUGAUGGUUCAGAGUGACGAUUUUUAGUUUCAAAACAUCUAAAAAGGUUGUAAUCAUCAUCGGCCUCCACUGCGUUAAUAUAAAUUUUUGGUUAAACUCUCCUGCAGGUGUUUGAUUUCUCAUAUCUUUUGACUCUGCAGGCUACAUACUGAGAUUUGUAGGAUGUAUAAACGUUAAUUGACCCUCUACUAUCGUACUAUGGUAUCCAUGUGCAACAGUUUGAAAAAUUAAAAACAAGUGAUAGGAAUUUUUA